AUGGAUAUUCGAAAGUGGCUAGACGAGAUAGUCCAACAGGAAACACAGCGCGAGCCGGUUAGACAUCAACAGCCUGUAGAGCCCACUAAACGGAAACGUCGAUGCAAAUCAGAUAGCUCAAUCCUAGAUCCCCGUCCGCCUGCAUCUCCUCCGCACGAGUCAGUGGAUGAUAGUGCAGGCGAGGCCUUCCGGGCGAUGUGCAGUGAUGGCUCUAGCAGCAGCCAGUAUGCGCGCAAACCUCGAAGAAAAACGCGCCCUGAGCGAUAUGAGCCAGCCCCCCAUGCACGUCGCAACCCCAAGGACGAAUCAAAGACGUGGAGGCGCAAGCCUCGACGUAAGAAGGGCGAGAAGCUACCUGCUGUCAUCCGGACCCUCGAGGCCAAAAAUGUGUCCAGAGAUCGGCUGACUUUGAAGCCGCGAGAGCAGCUAGGACUCUUCAACAAGGGACGGACGUCUACCGCUUUCAAGGGUCGCGGGUUGCCCGAUCUAGUCUUCUCUGAGAUGAAGUUCUUGCAGAAAGAAAGGGACGAACCAGACGUUAUGGCACGUCCUAACCUGGCCAAAAAGAAGCGGAAAAAAGGCCAGAAACAAACGAAGGAGGGGGAGAUUUCCGCUUUCUUUACCUCAAUGCGCCCGGUGUCGGUUGAAAAGGACAACAACAGGCACCCAGAACAUGCUGCUUUAAGGAACGAGCGGUGUCGCCGUGAUCAACCCCCUGUAUAUGAGACUGCUACAUCCACUGUUGUGGUAGCGCGCCCAACGUCUUACCUGGGCUUCGGAAGUAGAGGCUCUCAACAUGACAGUACUAGCUACGUAUCUUGGCCAGAGUCGAUUCGAACGCCUAGCACGAAACCAGCGCAGCCCUGCAGCCUUCCCGCCCGUCACAGUCCGCAUAAUGUAGAUUCCUAUAGUGAAUCUGACACUAUCAAAAGAAAAGAGCAUGAUGCCUUCAGGCUACCGACUCAUCCACUAGCAGCGACAAAACGAAGAACCGAUAGCAUGCCGACAGCUCGCUUCAAGAUGCCUUCGUCCGCUCCAUUACAAGAUAGGGCUUCAAGGUCGCAGUCCUUACCUCAACGCAGCUCGUCUCUACGGAGGCACAAUCUUGUCCAACAAUCUGCGAGGCUACAAGAGGCCGACACUGCUGGCUCACCACCAUCAAUGCCACCCCUUGCGUCUGGACCUGUCAUAGACGUCUGCUAUGCUCGAAUACGUAGCAACUCGAAAGGCACCGAGUCAGGUCUUGCCCCAGCCUCAGCACCCGUUCUUGCUGUGCAUCGAAACCACAACCAGCCUAAGGAUGAUAGCGUCGUUGAAAAGAAUCGAAUACCGACGUCUUCAGAUUUAGGGCUCGCUCUGCAACAAUGCAAUGAUGCGUUAUAUCGAAGGCGUCAUGCUGCUGAGCCGCGUAUGAGACCUACCGAAGAAAUCCACCGAGUGAACCCAAGGUCGGACCUCCGACAAGACUCAAUAGAGUUCUGCAGUGCGACUCAGCAGGCUCCUACUGUACGCUUCGUGGAUCGGAUCUACCAUGAAUCGACACUACCAAACUUUGCUGGCCCAAGCAUUUAUGAGCAACAAGCACUACACCAGCAGCUUCCUCUGCACUUGGGAGCCAACGAAGGUUAUCUGGAAACGCCAUAUACCGACCAAGACUAUCUGGAGCAGAAUGAUCCAAUAGGGUACGAUGACCAUGUUUGGGAAGGGCUGCCGGAAGAGCCAACGUCGCAUAGUUUUGAGAGCGGUGUGGAUACCUACGGGAGUCGUGAAGGUCGCGUCGAAAUGAUGGAAAACCCUGUUCAGGAUUUGAGACAAGUCAACGACACCGUGGCUCCUGGGUUUUGGCGGCCGAAUAAGCUGUACUGA